UCUGUUGUGUUCGGUUGCUGUUAGCAGCAAGAUGGCGGCUCCCAUCCCGGCGCACAGACCCGCGGCUCUGCCUGUCUGACAGCAGCCUCCCCCGCCCAGACCGAGCAACCCCCGCCCCAGCUUCACCGAGCCCUGGCUCCCGGUGCUUGCAGCAGCGACAACGCACAGCCACUCGCGGCUGGAGGCGCGUUUGGUUUCCGUUAGCUCAGCGGCUACCGGCGGCUCCUCACCGACCUGCUCAGAGCCAAAAUGGCGGACCGUUCGCUGCACUGUUUGGGCUAACUAGCGGCGGCAUCACGACGCUCCCCAGGCCGCCACCCGCCACCCGCCGCUGUCCCGGAGGAGGGGGUUCGAUUCUUAGAGUUUAAAACAGACUGAACCGGAGAGCCGCAGCCUGCAGAGGGCUCUUUAUCCGGUUAGCAGGACUCAUUUAGCCGCUUAACUUCUGUCACGGUAGCCAUCCGUGUAGCUAGUUAGCAGCUAAUGCUAACCCAGCUUGAACUUCAAACCAGUCCUUGAGCUCCCGUGUAUUUCAUUUUGUGGCUCCUUAACCCACAGAAGAACCCACAUGGCGACCGAGGCAGGGACCCCCGCGGUGCUGCAGCCCCGCUGGAAGCGCGUCCUGGGCUGGACCGGCCCGGUACCGCGGCCCCGGCACGGCCACCGGGCCGUGGCCAUCAAGGAACUGAUGGUGGUUUUCGGCGGAGGGAACGAGGGGAUCGUGGACGAGCUUCACGUCUACAACACAGCCACCAACCAGUGGUUCAUCCCGGCGGUGCGCGGAGACAUCCCCCCCGGCUGUGCCGCCUACGGCUUCGUGUGCGACGGCACGCGGCUGCUGGUGUUUGGAGGCAUGGUGGAGUACGGCAAGUACAGCAACGACCUGUACGAGCUGCAGGCCAGCCGCUGGGAGUGGAAGCGCCUGAAAGCCAAGGCGCCCAAGAACGGGCCGCCGCCCUGCCCCCGCCUCGGACACAGCUUCUCCCUGAUCGGCAGCCGCUGCUUCCUCUUCGGGGGACUGGCCAAUGACAGCGAGGACCCCAAGAACAACAUCCCCAGGUACCUGAACGACCUGUACUGCCUGGAGCUGCGUCAGGGCUCCAGCGUGGUUGGCUGGGAGAUCCCGCCCACCUCCGGCCUGGCCCCGCCCCCCAGGGAGAGCCACACGGCGGUGGCGACCAGCGGCCGCAGCGCCAACAAGCUUAUCAUCUACGGCGGGAUGAGCGGCUGCCGGCUGGGAGACCUGUGGGUCCUGGACAUCGACUCGCUGGUGUGGAGCAAACCGUCGCUGAACGGGACGCCGCCUCUUCCACGCAGCCUGCACUCUGCCACCACCAUCAACAACAAGAUGUUCGUGUUCGGAGGCUGGGUCCCGCUGGUGAUGGACGACGUCAAAGCAGCCACUCAUGAGAAGGAGUGGAAGUGCACCAACACACUGGCCUGCCUCAACCUGGACUCGCUGUGCUGGGAGACGGUGGUAAUGGACGUGACGGAGGACAGCCUGCCCCGGGCCCGGGCCGGACACUGCAGCGUGGCCAUCAACUCCCGGCUCUACAUCUGGAGCGGCCGGGACGGCUACCGCAAGGCCUGGAACAACCAGGUGUGCUGCAAGGACCUGUGGUACCUGGAGACCGCUCGUCCCUGCGCCCCGUCCCGGGUGCAGCUGGUCCGGGCCAACACCACGUCCCUGGAGGUCAGCUGGGGGCCGUCCCAGACCGCCGACACGUACCUGCUGCAGCUGCAGAAGUACGACAUCCCCGCCACGCCGGCCACGCCCCCGCCCGUGUCCAGCCCCGCCCCCAGUCUGCUUCCCGUGGCCACGCCCAGAGCCGGCUCCCCGAAGAGCGCCACCAGUCUGAGUGUGCCGCUGUCCGGCGUCACUCUGGUCCCCGCCCCCGCCGCCGCAGCUCCUGGAAGCCCAUUGGCCGCCACCGCCAAAGCCCCAGCAGUUCUGAAGGUGGCGCCGGCGCCGGGCUCGGUGGGCGGAGCCUCCAUUGUCACAGUGAGACAGGCCACGCCCAAAACCCCAGUUUCUAUGACGACGCUUCCCGCCGGCGUCCGUAUGGUGGUACCUGCUCAGCCCGCCCAGACGCCAGCGGGCGGUAGCCCCCAGAUGAGUGGCAUGGCGGCACUGGCAGCGGCGGCGGCGGCGACUCAGAAGAUCCCUCCGUCCACAGCGGCCAUGUUGAAUGUUCCUGCGGGAGCGACUAUCGUGAAGACGGUGGCCGUCAGUCCGGGAACCGGCAGCCUGCCUGUGAAAGUGGCCGCACCUGUCACUGUGGUGAGCAACCCGGCCACCAGGAUGCUGAAGACGGCAGCCGCUCAGGUGGGCGGGGUCUCUGUGGUCUCCACCCCCGGGACCCCCACCCGGCCAAUCAUCACGGUCCACAAGUCGGGCACGGUGACGGUAUCCCAGCAGGCCCAGGUGGUCACCACGGUGGUGGGCGGAGUCACCAAGACCAUCACCCUGGUGAACAGUCCGCUGGGCGUGGCUGGAGGCGGCACGCUGAUCGGGAACCUGAGCAACCUGGGGAAGGUGGUGUCCGUGGUGCAGAACAAGCAGGUCCAGGGCGGAGCCGUGGCCGGCCAGGCGGGGGGCGGGCCCCUCACCCAGAUCCUCCAGACGAAGGGCGCCCUCCCAGCGGGGACCAUCCUGAAGCUGGUGUCCUCGGCUGACGGGACGCAGACGUCCGUCCUCAGCACGGCGCCGGCCGGCUCCGCCCCCAAACCUGCCAUCCUGGGCGUCGCCCCAACAACCUCCAAACCGGGAGCCACCAUCAUCAAGACCAUCCCCAUGUCUGCUCUGCAGGGCGGGGCAGGAGGAAGCAGCCCCAUCACCAUCCUCACCACCAAGAUGGCGACUCCAGGAAGCGCCGGUAAGAUCCUCACCUCCAUCCCCAAGAUCUCCACCGCCGGCCAGCAGGGCCUCACACAGGUGGUCCUGAAAGGAGGUCCAGGGACGGCAGGGACCAUCCUCAGGACUGUCCCCAUGAGCGGCGUCCGCCUGGUGUCCCCGGGGACCGCCGGCGCCAAGCCCACCGUCACCACGCUGGUCGUCAAGGGAACCACAGGUGUGUCCAGUCUGGGGACAGUAACAGGAAGUGUUUCUGGCGGAGCCGCCUCAGCAGCCAGCGCCUCCCUGGCCACGCCCAUCACCACACUGGCAACCAUUGCCACGCUGGCUGGCCAGGUCGCCACGGCAACCAGUGCCGGUACCGGACCCAAACAGGUGACUCUGAUCACGACGCCGAGCGGCGCCGAGGCCCAGCCGCUGGUCCAGGACCUGCCGGUCUCCUUCAUGGCGUCUCCCACUUCAGAGGAUCCUGGAGGAACCACGAGCACCGCCACCACCACCACGGCAGAGGGCGACGGAGGCGACGCCGCCACAGUGACGCUGGUCUGCUCCAACCCCCCCUGCGAGACCCACGAGACCGGGACCACCAACACCACCACGGUGGCUUCGGCAAGCAUUAACCCGGAGCUGCAGCUGAGUUCGAACCAGCCGCUGGCGCCCCCUGCUGUCAGUGUGAACGGAGCCAACGUCUGCUCCAACCCCCCCUGCGAGACCCACGAGACCGGGACCACCAACACCGCCACCCAGGCUGGAGCUGGGGGGGUCAGACAGGUCUGCUCCAACCCCCCCUGCGAGACCCACGAGACCGGGACCACCAACACCGCCACCCAGGCUGGAGCUGGGGGGGUCAGACAGGUCUGCUCCAACCCCCCCUGCGAGACCCACGAGACCGGGACCACCAACACCGCCACCACGGCCACAGCUCAGCAGGGCGGAGACGGCCAGCAGGGAGACUCCACAGACCCCUCCUCUUCCUCCUCUGACCCCGCCUCCUCCACCGCUGCGGCCAAUCAGAGCAGAGCUGUCACGACGGUGACGCAGGCCACGCCCACACCUGGACCUUCCAUACCUGAGAUCUCCUCAUUGGUCGGAGACGACAGGUCAGACGCUUCAAUGGUUGUCAUGGCAGCCGAGGAGGGGGCGGAGCCUAUGCAGACGGACAGCCAGUCAGUUGACGUCAUGCCGUCAGCAGCUGCAGUGUUACAGGUUCACAUGGAGGGCAGCGAGGCAGCAGCCCAGAUGGCGUCCUCCGACAGCGGCCUUCCUCAGGAGCUGAUGUCCUCAGAAGGGGACGGCGGCGAGGCGGUUUCCGAGACGACCACCCUGAUGGUGACGGGGCUGACCGCGGAGCAGCUGGCCGUUGCCGCGGCAACAGACGAAGCGGCGCAGCAGGCGACCAUCCAGGCGGUCCUGCAGGCGGCGGGACAGCUGGGCGAUGACGGUGACGCCAUGGAUCAGUCCAUCCCCAUCGUCCUGACGCCGCAGGAGCUCGCCGCUCUGGUCCAGCAGCAGCAGCAGCUGCAGGAAACGCAGCAGCCUGAGCCUGAAGCUCAGCACAGCAGCAUCCCCACAGAGGGCCUUGCUCCGGCAGACAGCCUCAACGACCCGGCGGCCGAGAGCAACGGCCACGAGCUGGCGGCGGCGGCGGCGGUGACCAGCGCCGUGGCGCGGCUGGCCAGCACGUUCGGCCCCGCGCCCACCGCGGGCCAGGUGAAGGUUCAGGCCCCCGGCCCCGCCCCCCCGACGGAGGUGACCAACGGGCUCAUGAAGCAGAGCGUCCGGGCCAAAGCGGCUUCGGAGAGUCGCUGGUUCGACGUCGGCAUCGUGAAAGUCACCAACAUGGUCGUCACGCAUUACUACGUCCCCGACGACAACAUGGCCGACGAUGACUCGGGCGCGGUUCCGGACUACAGCCGGAUGCAGCGGGUGGAGCUGCAGCCGGGGACGGCCUACAAGUUCCGCGUGGCGGGGAUCAACAUCUGCGGCCGCGGAACGUUCUCCGAGGUGUCGGCCUUCAAGACGUGUCUGCCCGGCUUCCCGGGCGCGCCCUGCGCCAUCAAGAUCAGCAAGAACCCGGACGGGGCCCAGCUGACCUGGGAGCCGCCGGCCGUCACGUCGGGGAAGAUCUCGGAGUACUCGGUGUACCUGGCAAUCCGGUCCAGCCAGGCCACGCCCUCCUCGGCGUCGGGCCCCGCCCAGCUGGCCUUCAUGAGGGUGUACUGCGGCGCCACGCCGGCCUGCCUGGUGCCGUCCUCCAGCCUGGCCAACGCCCACAUCGACUACACCACCAAGCCCGCCGUCAUCUUCCGCAUCGCCGCCCGCAACCAGAAGGGCUACGGCCCGGCCACGCAAGUCCGGUGGCUGCAGGAAACCAGUAAAGAAGCCAAACCAGCAGCGAAGAGACCUGGACCCUCUCCAGACCUCAAACCUGCUGGACCAAAGAAGUUCAGAACCGACCAAUAGGAGGAGCCCGCUCCCCCCGAGGACUGUGAUUGGCUGCCGUCUUAAGCUCCGCCCAGCCGCCGGCUGCCAUGGUGAAGGGGCGGGGCUUCGGCGCACUAAAGACUUGUAGGAUAUUUGUACAUGACCUUCAAACCCGUUUUGUUAUGGCAUUGUCAUGGAGACAGCGAGGGGCGGAGCCAGAAGCAUUUCACCCUGGAUGGAUCUAAAUGAAUCAGUUUGAGUUGAACGUUAGCCGUUAGCCGCCGUUUCUCUCCGGGAUCCUGCUGCCGGCAGGGGGCGGAGCCUCAGCAGAGGAAGGGGCGGGCCUUAAACCAGCUCAGCUGUAAAUUAUUCGAGUAGCAUCUUCAGUAUUUUUUUUUUUUUGUCCUUUUUUUUUAUAAACGACUGUAAGCAGAGAUUUCUUCUUCUGUGGUUUCUGUUUCUUCUUCUGUUGUGGACGGAGCUCACUGAUUGGUCAGUUGAUCUCCAGAUGUUUAAUAUUCUCUGGAUCAAUAAAGAUUUUUAGAGCU